AUGGAAUCGAAUAAAGAGCGGAAUAAUUCUCAAGUUGAGGUUAAUUUGAGUCGACCGAUAAAAGUAAUUCAUUUUAGUGAUGGGAUCGAGGAAAUAAUGGAAGAAAACCAAGUUACAGAAUUAGAUAGCGCUCCUAAGGACAAUGAAGUCAUAGAUCCAAAAACAUUAUCUUGGGGACCUUGGAUCUCAUAUCAGACACGAAAAUCUGGUUCUAAAGUUCUCGGAGCAUUGGAUUAUGCCGGAGAGUCAUUGGCAAACUUCUUAGGUAUAACAACACCGAAAUACAUAAUAGAGAUCGAGGAAUAUGAGAGAAUGCAAAUGGAAAAGAAGAAAAUUGAAGAUGAAUCGGCCGGCUGGGUCCCGAAGAGUGUGGAUAUACCUCUAGUAUUAAACGAACCAAUGAAAACAGACAAAGAGGAAAAUGUUUAA